AUGGAAGAAAAGCGACGUAAACCGUUUAAAGUUUGCAAUUCAGAGCGAACAAAAACUCAAGGAAUUGUCGCAGAAAGCCUAAACGAACUCAAGGAAAGGGGAAGGUCAAAGUUGGGGAUAGCAGCAGGGAACUGCCGAGUAUUUCUUGACAGUGAUGGAACAGAGAUCGACGAUGAAGAAUAUUUUAGCUUCCUGGAAGAUCAAACUAAACUUAUGAUUGUUUGUGACGGGGAUGAUUGGACAGCUGGCUUGCAGAGUACGUAAGGAAUAUCUUUACUGGGUUUUGCUAGAGUGUUUUAAAAUUUGUUUGAAUGAUUGUACUUGUCUAUCAAAGCAUUUGUUGUCAGUGUGGUUUGGGUCUGUCUCCUGUAUCGCCAUCAUCCUUGAGUGUAUUUUUUUAUAAGUACAGUUAAGGAAAAAAAAAACGUUAAAAUUUCCGCACAGCCCCAUACUACAUUAUGCAUUCAGUUCUUGGAUAGAGAAAACAAUGACAAAAACAAUAGAUUGCCAUUGGGAAAACAGAUUUGUUUUAAAAUAGUAUGGGGCUGUGUGGAAAUUUUACCUCAGUUACACCGAUACAGAUCCUACAUUGUAACUGACAGGUAGACACGGUCUUGUCAAAACUUUUUUUGUCCGGAAAUAGCCUGUAUUUUAUAUUAAAAUUAUAACACUCAUGAUUCAUGAAAUAGUUAACCCUUAUGUAUAACCUUAUUUAUACUUUUGCCUGUGUCAGGCACACAAUUUUUGGGAAGAAUAUGUGAGGGAGAAAACCAAGGGUCAGACUAAAGAGAGAGAAAUGUUCCAAAAACUGUGGUAGAAUUUCAUUUGGACACAGUUUUUUUUUGCACAGCCAAACACUUUUGCCACAGUGAGAUGUUGUCAGUCAUCUUUCUCAAAACUCCUGUCUACUUAUGAUCUUGAGUUAAUUUUGACAUAUUUAAGGACUCAGAGUCACAUCAUGGAACCUAAACCAGGGGAGAAGGGUGGGGGGGGGCAAGAAGGACCUCAACACAAUAACUUGACAUGCUUGAAAGUUAUAACUCUAUUGCUGAAAUGAUGUUACUGGAAACAUCUCAUGACAGUCUUGUCAGUUGUGGGAAAGAUGGCUGACAGCCUUAGGAAAUAUUAACAUCUCACUGUGAGAAAUGUUUUACGGUAUGUCCAACUAUAUUCUUUUUUGGAAUACUCCAAGAAUGUGCUGAUUUUCACUAACCUGCCUGUUUAUCCAUCUCCCCUGACUAAGCCUAGCACAUAACAUAUUUUCCUUCCAGAGAUGUUAUGACUCUUUCUCUUGUUUGGUCCUAAAGCAAAAUUGAAAUGCCUUACCCCAGAGAACUGUUGUCUAAUCCUUUCAAAAGCACCAAGAAACUUGGAAAAAAAGAGGAAGAAAACUUUUACAAAGUAGUUAUAUUUUAUAACUCUGACAAUUCAUGAAAUUGUCAAUUUCAGAUUUUAAAGGUCAUUGACUACAUUUUUGCCAAAUUCCACUUUCUUUUUGUGAUACAUCUUUACAUCAUUUUUCUUAGAAAUUUUGAAUAUUCAUGUAGCAGAAACUUGAAAAUGAACAGACAGUUUAUUGAGCUGACUAUUGAAGGAAUGGUUGUCAUACAGUUAGGUGCAUACUGUAAGUGUUAGUUAUGAACAACCUCCUGGGUGCAUAUGCCCACCUAUAAAAUAUCUUAUAGAAUGCAAAACAACAACAAUAAACAACAGCAGAACAAAGUAUCAACAUAGUUUAUCUUUCAUUCCUGUUACUGUACCAUCCAACAUUGCAAUGAUGCUGUAGACAGCUCCCACCAAAUCACCAGGGCUGAUUCUUGGUGAUUAAAUAACAAAUCAUAUUUGGAACCAAUAGAAAUAAUAAUGGUCUAACUGCAACAUACCUCUGUAAUAAAGUUAGGGGAUGCUUUUUAAAUAAAUAGCUUUUUCUUCAGCUUUCCAAUUUAUAGCAAAGUGUAUCACAAUCAGUAAUUUCUUUAAAGGCCUCUUAAACAAUCUCUUAAGUGCUAAUGUAAUGCUGAUUGAUAAAAUAUCUUUGAGAUGGUGAUACAAAGGAAAUUGUUGAAUCACAACUUGAGAGUAGAAAGUUAACUCACAGGAAUGUAAAAAUGCAGAUUUUGGAUGGGAGUCUGGAUCAGCUAUAGGGAGGCAAAUGUGAAAGGUGCUGUCUGCUUACCACAGUGGCCAUUAAAGAGGGCUUCCAAUGUAUAGUUAAUAAUAGUAAAUCCAUUUUCAGACCAAGUGUGAUCCUUGUUCUCUGAGUAGCUCUCACCAGUGUGAUCUGUUGCAUUAAGGUUUCCUUAAAAUCGUGUUUUUCCUUGUCAGAGAGAUUGGAAUUCUAAAACAAAACAACUAAUCAGAUUUCAGAUUUCAGCAACGUGACAUAUUUACAAAUCACACCUUUUUCCAUUUUUUCGCCACUGAAUCAUGCAAUAGAUAAGGCAGAAAUCCUGUAUUUACUUAAGCACUUUUUAAAGCCAUUAAGUUUUCAAAUGGAUAUAAUAAAGUGGGUAGUAAACUUCCUUUUGGUCAAUUUUGGUCUAAAAUAAUUUGCUUUCAAUUAAACUCACUCCUACUUGACUGAUAUUGAAAUCAAGGGUAUCAUUGCAGACCCAAGUGCACUCCAGUCCAUCCUAUUAUCAAAUUAUAAAUGAUGUAGUUUGAAGAAAUUUAAGAGGAAAAGAUAAUUCUGCAAGUAGGGAUGGAGAGGAGGUAAAGUAACACCAAUCUAAAUAUGCAUUAGCCUCAAAAUCUGACAGUAUCUCUUUGCUUUUAAAAAUCCACAGAUUUUAGCUGUAGUCAAGGAAGUAGAGAAUAUAGUAUCAGCAGUGUAGGGGCAAGUUUGGAGACCAAUGAAAGCAUGGAAUUUGACAGGACAGAUGCAGGAGAAAUGACAGAUGACAUUCCAGCUGAUCUUCUCAUAAGAAUUAAAAAUGAUCCUGCCUUUUUUAUCUCAUUUUCUGAUGAAAGACUCCAAGUUGUGAUUGAUAUCGAAACCAAUUCACUUGCCACUGUUUUGGGGAAAAGUGUUAUUGAAGCUGAACAUAUUAGGGAAGCAUGCCAGCAAGAACUGGACCGAAGGAUACAACUAAGGGAAGCUACACAGUUAUUGAAACUUUACCAAAGAGCUCAACAAAAUCAAGAAUCUAAAAAUGAGUCACAAAGUGCUGGAAAUAAGCGAUUUCGGGCUACAACUGAGUGA